AUGUCUCGCCCAAGCAGCAAUGUCAAUCUAGAUCCUUCCAAGCUAGAAGAUAUACCCUUGCCUGAUCAGCGCUUCUUUGGGCUUCUCGGGCAUAUACCAGAAAUGGAUCCAAGCUUUCCUUUCCAGUCAGUUUGGAAAAUGGCCGAUCUGUACGGUCCAAUAUUUAAACUGAAACUUGGGGAAGACCUUGUGGUGGUCUCUUCCCAACAAUACGUGGAUGAGAUUUGUGACGAGGAUCGAUUCGAGAAACUGCCGAGCGGGCCCCUUAUCGAGCUUCGAUCCUUGAUUGGGGAUGGAUUGUUCACUGCUUACCCUUCUGAGCCAAACUGGGGGAAAGCCCAUCGCCUGUUAGUUCCAGCUUUGGGGCCGCUCGGGAUCCGAAAGAUGUUCGAUGAUAUGCUUGAUAUUUCCUCACAAAUGGUCCUCAAGUGGGACAGGCUUGGUGCCCAGAAUGAAAUCGAUGUGGCCGAUGAUCUGACCAGGUUGGCAUUUGACACCAUUGGCCUGUGUGCUUUCAGUUUCAGGUUCAACGAGUUCUACGGUGAGCAGGUGCAUCCAUUCGCAGAACAGAUGGCCCGAGUUUUGCUCGCCUCAGGCAAGCGGGCCUUUAGGCCUGGGCUAGUCAACCAAGUGUUGACUUGGAGCGAGAAUGAGCGCCAAGAAGACAUAUCCAAGAUGCAUGCAGUAGCGGACGACAUCGUUAGAGAUCGCAAAGCACACCCGCAGCCCGAUUGCAAGGAUCUACUAAACACCUUGCUAUUGACGGCUGACCGAGAAACUGGGGAAAGACUUUCGGAUGAAAACAUUCGGUUCAACCUAGUGACGUUCCUUGUUGCCGGCCAUGAGACAACCAGUGCCACACUAUGCUUCCUCUAUUAUAACUUACUCAAGAACCCCGAAACGUUUAUCAAGGCGCAGCAAGAGGUUGACAACGUCGUGGGGGAUUCUGUCCUGACGGUUGAACACCUACCAAGCUUGCUCUAUCUCGAUGCAUGCAUCAAGGAAACGUUGCGUCUGUCCAGCCCUAUCCCUGCUUUCGUAGUCAAGCCAAAGCAAGACACAUCCCUAGGCGGACGGUACAAAGUUUCGUCCAACACCUUCAUUCAGUGCAACAUGCUCGGGUUGCAUACAGACCCAGCCGUCUGGGGCGAAGAUGCACAUGUUUUCCGGCCCGAGCGUAUGCUCAAUGGUGGAUUCGCAUCUCUACCUCCUAAUUCAUGGAAGCCUUUUGGUAACGGUAUGCGAGCCUGUAUUGGCCGGGGCUUUGCUGAACAGGAGAUGCUCACCAAUACUGCCUUGGUCCUUCAAAAAUUCCAGCUCGAGUUCGCCGAUCCUUCGUACGAGUUGCUAGUCACGUCCACACUCACAAUUAAGCCAAAAAGUUUUAAAAUGAGAGUUCGGCGCCGCCAUGGAAAAGGUCUUCUAACGGGGAUGCCUGGCGGGGGUGUUGUACAAAACAUCGGGGAGCGAGUGCAGAAGGCUGGCACAAAACCUAUUGCGGCCAAGCACUCACCUGCGAUAACCAUUUUAUUUGGUGGUAAUACCGGCACAUGUGAGGGAUUCGCUUUGGAAUUUGAAAGAAAGGCGACAGAAUCUGGCUUUCGGCCCACCGUUAUGCACAUGGACGCAGCAACUGAGAACCUACCCACAGAUCAGCCAGUCAUCAUUGUGACCGCAUCAUUUGAGGGCAAGCCACCAGACAAUUCAAAGAAGUUCGUUGCUUGGCUGGAACUCAUUCAGCAAGAAAAUAAGCUGGAUGGCGUUAAGUAUACGGUUUUUGGACUGGGGAGCUCGGACUGGGCCAGAACUUACCAACGGAUCCCUAAGGUUGUAGAUGAGAGGAUGACUCAACUUGGAGCUUCCCGCAUACUCGAGGCAGGGUUUGCUGAUGUCAAAGGAAGUAUCCUUGGGCCUUGGGAAGAAUGGUCUGAAACUCUGCUGCAAAAGCUUGGAGGAUCAGAGGACAAAGUCCUCGGUGAACGGCCGUCCAUUUCAGUGUCAAUAACUGCCAGCAAAUUAUCUCAAACGAUUGGCGGUGAGGAGAUGAAUGUUGGUCUGGUCGUCGACAACACCGAGAUUGCAGGGGCAGACGUUGGACUUGCUAAGAGGCAUAUGGACAUAUGCCUCCCAGAAGGACUGUCAUAUCAACCUGGAGAUUAUCUCGCUGUGCAGCCUAAAAAUCCAGAGGUAGCUGUUCGUCGGGUGCUCAGGUACUUUGGCAUCUGCGAGGACGACAUCAUGUACGUCCAAGGGUCCAAGAAGAAGUUUAUACCUACGGAGCCGAUACCGGUCAUACAGUUUCUUGAAAGUGCGGUCGAGUUAAAUACUCCAAUCACCAAGCGCCAGUUGGCAGUUCUUGCGGCGAGUGCCAAUGGAGAGGCAAAAAUACAUCUUGAAAGCUUAGCAGCCGACCUUGCAUACGACAGACUACUUCAGAAGCGCUACAGUAUUAUCGAUGUUCUUGAAGACCAUCCCACAGAGCUUGACUUUGGCAGCUAUAUUGACAUGCUUCAACCGCUGACUUUUCGCCAAUACUCCAUCUCCUCAUCCCCACUUCAGCCUCGCAACGGCUCUUCUGGCUCCAACAUUGCCUCGAUAACCUUUGAUGUACAUGAAUCGCCGUCCCUCUCUGGCCAUGGCAUGUUUUAUGGCGUUGCCUCCACCUACAUGGCCUCGCGAAGCGCCGGUGAUCGCAUUAACUGCUACUUGCGCCCCACCAACAUCAAUUUCCGGCUCCCUACAAGCCCGGAUGUGCCCAUUCUGAUGGUGGCUGCGGGAACUGGAAUAGCACCAAUGCGUGCUUUCCUGCAAGAGCGGGCCUGUAUUGCCGAGACUGGCGUGAAGAAGCUUGCCCCGGCAAUCCUCUUCUAUGGAUGCCGCGACUCAACCAAGGACUUCCUAUACAAUGACGAGUUGCGGUCAUGGGAGGACAAGAAAAUUGUAACUGUCAAACCAGCUUUUAGUCGGCCUCUCGAUGGAUCCACCCCACGAUAUGUGCAAGACGUCAUUUGGGACAAUCGAGAAGAAGUUGGGCUUCUAUUCCACUCUGGGGGCAAAAUAUUCUUAUGCGGCAGCGCAGCACGGUUGGGGCAGAGUAUAGCAGAAGUUUUCAAGAAGAUCUAUAUGGAGCAGAAAAACAAGACUGCUGAAGAGGCGGAGUUAUGGCUGGAUAGUGUGAAAACUAAUAGAUAUGUGAGUGAUGUCUAUUAG